UUGAUCACCUGUGAGGGGCGGGACAUGCGCGUCGGAUGGAUGGAGGAGGGAGGCGCACAACUCUAGACCUACACCCGCACGGAGAGGCUCUGCUCUCGGGAUGCGCGUAAUCGCUACAGAGACCCUCGAAUGAAAUGGAGAAAUAAAGCGCCAUGCAUCCAAAACAACUGCGGAUACUGAUGCUGUCGCCUUAUUCCCGACAUUAAGACCUGUAUCGCCGCGUAAUUAGCUGGAGGGAGGGGGAACUAAAAGGAAAGAGGGUCGAUCAUGGGGAACGAAGCGAGCCUGGAAGGCGGCGAAGCUGGAUUACCAGCGGGACUCGCACCUGAUGGGAAGGGUGGCUUCAUCCAGAUGCCCGCAGGGGUGGAGGCAGACCUUAGCAAUCUGUCUGAGGAAGAAAGAAAGCAGCUUGUGGCCGCUAUGGCCAGAGCGCAGUCCAGGCCACCAGAGACUCAAGCUGGGGGUACCAAAGUCCCAGUCGGUCUCAGUAAGAGUCGAACAGUAGAUGCUUUUGGAGAGGGGCCGCCUCCCAAGCCAAAGCCUGGACGCAGCCCCUCCUCCCUCAGCCUCCUUGAGUCACGUUUCCGGCAGGAGCCCAAAGACCCAGAACAACCAAGAACUGGCAUGUUCUCAUCUGGCUUCCUGAGUGGGGCCAACCCUUUGAGUGCGGUUUCUUCUGCUGUCUCCUCUGCCAGCAUCCCAAAGUUUAGUUUGUUUGGUGAUGAUGAAGAGGAGGAGUCUGCAAAGCAGGAAGGAAAGCCUCCUGGUCCACAGAGCGGAGUGGGAAAGGGUCCUCCUCAAGGGAGUAAGCCACCUCAGCAGGGUCCCCCUAAAGGGCAGGGACCUCUUCAGCAAGGGCCCAAACCUGGUGGACCAGGACCCCAGCAAGGACCCAAACCUGGUGGACCAGAAGCUCAACAUCAGGCACCUAAACCUGGAGCACCAGGACCUCAACAGGGACCUAAACCUGGUGGACCUGGACCUCAGCAACAAGGACCUAAACCUGGUGGACCGGGAAUUCAGCAGCAAGGACCUAAACCCAGUGGACCUGGGCCUCAGCAGCAAGGACCUAGACCUGGUGGACCUGGACCUCAGCAGCAAGGACCUAAACCUGGUGGACCUGGACCUCAGCAGCAAGGAUCUAAACCUGGUGGACCUGGACCUCAACAGCAAGGACCCAAACCUGGAGGACCAGGGCCCCAGCAACAAGGGCCUGGAAAACCUGGCCCAGGGGUUGCAGGAAAACCUAGUGGACCUCAACAGCAGGGUAAACCUGGGCCAGGUGCUCUAUCAGAAGGGCCUGGUAAAGCUGCACCAGCUCCAGGAAAAGCAAUGUGUCCUCUUUGUAAGUCUACAGAGCUGAAUGUGCAGGCCAAAGACCAGCCACCCAACUACAACACCUGUACUCAGUGCAAACAGCAGGUGUGCAGCCUGUGUGGCUUCAGUCCACCAGAUUCAGCGAGUAAGGAAUGGCUGUGUCUGAACUGUCAGAUGCAGCGGGCGAUGGGUGGCAUGGAGCCUCCUGGACCUCCAAUGAUGAAGCAGCCACCCAAGCAGGGCUCAGCACCUCCCUCCCCACAAAGGAAAGAACCACCGCCUGGAUCUCCCUCCAAGGUUGAGCCUGGUAAAAAGCCCCCAAUGCUGACCAAACAACAGAGUAUUGCUGAUACAGGCAAGGGAAGUACACCUCCAACAACACCAAAAUCUGGACCACAGCAGGGACCUCAGCCUGGACAACUAGGGGCAAAACGUGGACAGCCUCCACCACUUCAGAAACCUUCACAGAGCCCAAAAGGUAGUCCCCAACCAUCUCCAGCCAAAACAACCCCGAAGCAGGACGGAGGGGGCUUUUUUGGAGGAUUUGGUCUUGGAGGUUUGACAGAGGUAACAAAACCCUCUCCAGCUGCCCAAGCUACAGAGUCCGUCACAGGAAAACUCUUCAGUGGUUUUGGUGGGGGGUCCAAACCUCAGGGUGGCUCUGCAGCUCCAGCAAGUGAGUCCGUCACAGGAAAACUUUUCAGUGGCUUCAGUGGCCUCACAGAGACGACAAAACCUUUACCAGCACAAUCUCAGUCCACUGAGAGCGUUUCUGGAAAGAUGUUUGGUUUUGGAUCAUCCUUCCUGAGCUCUGCCACCAAUCUCAUCUCUGGGGAGGAAUCAAAGUCUCCCCCUGAUUCUCCCGCAGGAUCACCCCCUGAUUCCCCCAUUGGGUCAGAUGCAGACUCCCCUGCUGGAUCCCCCCCAGACUCUGGCUCAGAGUCACCUCCGGACACACCGCCAGCUUAUUCCAAAGACCCAGCAUCCCCGAAACCAACACCUGCUGAGAAAAAAGCAUCAGCAGACACAUCCCCCCCAAAAUCGACAGACGUAAAGGAGGCUAAAGUUUCAGGCUCUGAGGCCCAAUCCUGCUGUCCUCUCUGUAAAGUAAAACUGAAUUUUGGCUCAGGAGAGGUGAUCAACUACAGCACAUGUACGGAGUGCCAGAAGACUGUGUGCAACCUGUGUGGAUUCAACCCCACUCCUCAUCUCUCAGAGAAAGAAUGGCUCUGCCUAAACUGCCAGACCCAAAGGGCUCUUUCCGGGCAACUUGGGGAUAUGCCACCUCCACCUUCUCCAUCCAAGCUACCUGCCAAACACGAACCCACCCCUCCCUCCUCCCCAGCCUGUGCUACAUCAUCCACCCCUUCCUCUCCUGCACCCACUGCCAUCCCUGCCAAAGGGCUUACACGGAUGCCCAGCAUAACUCAGGCCCCAGCUGACAAGUCUGAGCCAGUCUCAGCCAAAACCGAUGCUAAAGAGGUCAAAAAUACAGAUGCAGAACAAGGGGUUACAGCAGAGCCUGUACCGAGGAGUACACAGGUAGUACCAGAGGAGAGCAAAGAACAAGCACUUGGCACCUUGACAGAAAACACUGAAGGCGUAACAUCUCUACCUGAGCAUACAGUUAAUGAAGAUGCCCCCCCUUUACAUAGCGAUUCAGACAAGAGAGCAGAUGUUAAAGGGCCAGAUGUAGAACAGGCUGAAGCUCUACAACAAUCUGAAGCUCCUGCAGAGAAUAAAGAAGCUGCCGCCCCAGUAAAAGAGAAUGAGCUACUGAAGGAGCCCAGCGAGAAAGAUAAAGAAAGCAGCCCCACAAGUCCUUCAGACCUGGCCAAGCUUGAAAGCACUGUCCUUCCAAUACUAGAGGCACAGAAAUCACCUAAAGACGAAUCAAAAUCUGAAACUCCAAAGGUCAAAAGGCGACUGGAGGUUUUGCCAAUGUCACCUGAACCCAGUUCAGAAGAUGAUCUACAUGGAGAAACUAAAGAGCAAACAAAUAAUGCUCCAAAAAAGGAGCGUAAAAAACUUCUUAUUCCAACUGAUAUCCAAGGAGAUUCUUUUGAGGACAGUAGUGAAGGAGAACGUUCACCUGAACAAAGAGAAAAGACUAUUGGAGAUAAAGGAGAAAUUGAGAGUCCUAUGGAUGAAGAGGAUUUCAUAAGGAAGCAGAUCAUCGAGAUGAGUGCAGAUGAGGAUGCGUCACCCUCUGAUGAGGAAAAUCUUGUCAGACGGAAAAUCAAAGAUCAAGAAAAAAAACAAAUGGAUAAAAACGCAAGGAAAGAUGACAAAGAGAAAAGUGAAUCAGGCAAGACAAGACGUCUUCUCAAAAGCACGAGUAUCAGUCCAGAAGAUGAACCUGAGCGGAAAAGUAUUAUCUCUGUAACUAAGAUUGAAGAAUUAGGUAAAGGAGAGCAGCCUUCAGCAGACAGUGGAGCUGGCAUACGACAUUUCAAAACAAUUGAGCUUAACAGUACAGCAACUGUACGCCAGACAUCAGAUGACGGUGAGCCAGAGAGCCUUACAGACUCUCCUGAUGACAGAUCAAGAGGCGAAGGCUCUUCCAGUUUGCAUGCAUCCAGUUUUACCCCUGGAACGUCUCCAACAUCUUUGUCUUCUCUUGAUGAAGACAGUGACAGCAGCAGCCCAAGUCAUGUUCGAUCCAGUGGUGAGGGCAAACAGCAGAGGAAAGCAAAACACCGGCAGCCAGGUCAGAUGCUUCCUACCAUUGAGGAUUCAUCAGAGGAAGAGGAGUUGCGAGAAGAAGAGGAGCUUCUGAGAGAACAGGAGAAGCAAAAGGGCUCAGGAAAAAAGUCAAAGAAAGACAAAGAAGAGAUAAGGGCACAGAGAAGGAGAGAAAGGCCUAAAACUCCUCCAAGUAAUCUCUCACCAAUUGAGGAUGCAUCUCCCACAGAAGAGCUAAGACAGGAGGCAGAAAUGGAGGAAAUCCGCAGGUCUUCCUGCUCAGACCUCUCCCCAAGCAUAGAUUCAGAACCAGAGAGUUUUGAGAUACUCCCCGAGAAAAUUGUUGCUGUCCAAAAAGUUUAUCAGCUACCAACAUCAGUCUCGCUGUAUUCUCCCACAGAUGAGCAACAUGCUGAUAAUCAGUCCAAAGAAAAGGGAAAGCAAUCAUUAAAAACGGCAGAAGAGGCAUAUGAAGAGAUUAUGCUUAAAGCCAAAUCUCCUACUAAUGAGGGAAAGGAAUCUCCACCUGGUAAAGUAUCUCUGUAUGGGGGCAUGCUAAUAGAAGAUUAUGCCUAUGAGUCUCUUGUUGAUGAUGCAUCCUGUGAGCAGGAGCCAGAAAAGCUUAAUGUGUCAGAGAAACCAAAAAAACCUCUAAGAUCUCCUGAUGAGGUUUAUGAGGAUAUGAUGCAAAGAAAAGAGAUUAUGAUUAAGAAACAUGAGCUAAAGCAUGAUAAGCCAAUGGAAGAUGUACCUAAACCUGAAACCGAGUUGGUCAAUACUGUUUCAAGCAAAGAGACUGUUUCAUCAAGCAUAACAGGCCAGUCUGGGAAGGAUGGAAGGCCUUUAUUAGAUGCAGAGGCAGCCUAUGAAGAACUUAUGAAAAAGAAAAAAGCUGUGCUGACUCCAGGAACAAGCCCAACUCAAGCAGGCCCUGAUCUCAGUGGCAUGGCACAAGGGACAACUGGAGUUCAAGUUGAGAAAACAGAUACAACACCUGUACGGCGAAUACUGCCCAUACCUGAUCUGAGAGUGACACAGUGCUCAUCUGGUGAAGAGGAAUCCGGUGAAGAAAACUUUGCAGAUCAAACACAGGAUUCUGACAAACCUACAGUGUCAACUACAAAGACUGCAUCAGAAUCAGCUGUGGAUGAGGCUGCUCAGAAAACAUCUGCCUCAGAGCCAGUUGCAGAUGAUUUGUCAUUACAAAGAGAAGUAAAAUCACCUGUAAUAUCAAGUGACUCAAAAGAUGCCACAGAAAAAGAUGUAGGAAAUGAGCAGGCAGGUGUUGUUGACUUGUCCAAGUCAUCAACCCCUAGUCAAAUUGACACUUUUUCAGCAUCAGCCCCUAGUGAAAUUUCUGGACAAUCUGCCCCUGUAGUUGUAAGUGUAUCACCAUUGUCCACCGUACCACAAUAUAUAGUAUCUUCUGUACCUUGUGUUGUAUCAACUGCUCCACCGGUUCCCCCCAAACCUGUAAUACUACGCAGAGCUGCAUCUCUGGAAAAAGAAGAAAUUCCAGUUCCUCCACCCCUUCCUCCCCCAACACUUCCUAAACCAUCUGUGUAUCCCAAAAAGACUCCACCACAAGUUCCCCCAAGAACUACUCCAGUUGGCAUGCCAACCACAGGAGACAGUGUACCAAUAAAACAGCCUCUAGGUCAAGGCUACAAGCCCCAUGUUCCCCCUCCUGUACCACCAAAGCCGUCCUCUAUCCCUGCAGGCCUAAACUUCAGUCACAAGCAAGGGGAAAGUUUUAAACCUCCCAUAGCUCCCAAGCCCAUGGCCGGUGCUCAGCCAUCCUUAACAGCCCACACUCCCACAAGACCUACAAUACUUACUACAAGCAGUGCAGACAACGUCCUUAACUUGAGUCCUUCUGCUGAGAGUAGGACAGGAACCACAUCUCCCCUUAAGUCUCCUACAUCACCCAGGUUUGGCAAAGUUUUGCGUGACACAUAUGUUGUUAUUACUUUGCCAUCUCAGCCCAGUUCACCUACAGAAGGUAUCACAACCCAAGCAUCAAUAAGUCCUAGCCAAGAAUCACAUCAAAAACUGCCUCCUUCACCACCUCAACCAACUCAGCAGUCACAAACAACUAGAGUACCACUGGCAUUCACACGGAUAACUGAAUCUAUUGAAAGUCAAGAAAUUUGUGGUCCAGAGAAAGUAGUUUCUAGCAUGAGUCAUGUCUAUGAGGCUAUUUCAGCCUCAACACAGCCUCAAACGGUUAUUCCAAAUGUUGGUGUUCAGGUAGUUACCACCGAAGUCCAAAGAACCACAGUCUCUGUUGUUCAUGAAAGAACACCACCUCCACAUCCCAUGCCAAGAGCCACUGGCAUUUCUGUUGUUCAAGAAACUACUAAACCUGAAGCAGUUCAAAUACAGAAUGGUCAUGCCUAUCAUCCUGGUGAAGUAGUGGAUCUCCGAACCCCAAAAAUAGAUGCAGUAACAUCCAUGAAAGGUAUAGAUCUGUCUUCCUCUGAAUCAAGGCGACAGUCUCUUGCUGUUGAUAGUGGUGGACGUCAACAAAGUGCUGUGCAGUCAUCAGUAGUGAACCUAAGUACUGACACUUCUUCAGUUUCAGUGGUUACCGACAACAUAACAAUCCUCACGUGCACAGCCACUGUAGCUUACGGUAGUGAUGCAUCUCUGGCUACAUCAGUGCCUCUCCAACUUACAACAGCGAAAUCGUUUGAGCCUGUGUCUCAAAUUAUUUACAGACCUGUGGAUUGUCAACCAGAGAAACCCAUAAAUCUCUCUACAACCAUGGGUAAAACUCACUCUCUUCCUGUAACAAUAGCUCCUACAAUGGCAAACAAUGGCAUUAGUGCAGCUUUACCUCCUAACCUAGAAACAGGCUUAUCAGGUGCAGUUGACCUUACCACAGUGAAACCUGCACAGACCAUGGUUGCAAUGAAUGGGUCCACUGCAGCAGUGGUCACUGCUGUAAUUGCAGAGGAUGAUGGAAAACCUGUUGAUCUUACAGGUGGAAGAAGAGCAGUUUGCUGUGAUGUAGUCUAUAAGCUUCCUUUUGCAAGCAGCUGUGCUACUCAGCAGCCCUCAGCUCCGUUACCAGAGGAUCGCUUUGGCUACAGAGAUGAUCAUUAUCAAUAUGAUCGUUCUCCUUAUGGUAUGAGAGGUCUCGGUGGCAUUAAACCCUCAAUGUCUGACACAAAUUUGGCAGAGGCUGGUCUUUUUCUAUAUAAAAGUAAGCAUAGCUAUGAUUACAAGGAUGCCACUGAAGGUGCUGUAGACCUGACAUCUGGAAAAAUGUCUGUCGGAGGUGAGGCUGUGGACUAUUCAAGCAAAACUACAGGAGUAUGCACUGGAAUGACAGUUCCACAGUAUACACAAGCCAGAAUUACUUCAGUAGUUGGAACUAACUAUGGGGUGUCUAGUGUCCUGAGAUCUUCCAAUGGUAUUGUUUAUUCUUCUGUAGCAGCACCAGUACCUUCUACCUAUGCCAUAACUACCCAGCCUGGAUCUAUUUUCAGCACAUCCUAUAAUACUCUAUCAGGCAUGCAUACAAGUGACACUAUGCCUUCAUUGUCAAAUCUGCAAAAUCAGCCUCUCACUAGAUCCCAUAGUUUUCUUUCAACUAUUGCUUUAACCACAGCAGAAGGGCAAAUUGACCUACCCUUAAAUCUGGAGACUAGUGCUUCAAGGGCUGGCCUGUCCUCAACUCUCUCUGGUGAGGUUUCUACAGUCACCACAGUGACAGGACUAGAUACAUACACAAAUGCUUCACUUGAUGCAAUUGCAGCAUCUUUAGAAGCUCUGUCUUCACCCAUGGUUCCAGGAGAUGGACAGUACCAAAUGGAGCGUGAGUUUCUUGAGCUUGAGAAAAUAAAGCAGCAGCGCUUAGCUGAAGAGCUUGAGUGGGAGAGGCAGGAGAUACAGCGUUUCCGUGAGCAGGAGCAACUUCUUGUGCAGAAGGAGCUGGAAGAACUUCAGGCCAUGAAACAGCAAAUAUUGUGUCAGCAAGAAGAAGAGAGACAAGCCCACCUAAUGAUGCAAAAGGAAACUUAUGCGCAGCAACAGGAACAGUUAGAGCAGAUCCAAAGACUUCAGGAACAGCUGAGGCAACAGUUGGAGGAACAGAAGUUCAGGCAAAUGUAUCCAGGUGAAGUCUUGCCAGAGGCUCUUGUUGUCACAGGAGAAAGAAAGAUGGACAGUGGCUGCCAGACUGAUGAAGAGGAUAAUACCGAAAAGGCCUACACUGCAGGUAGAAAGAAGAAAACCACAAAGAAAAGUGUUGAUAGCUGUGUACAGACAGAUGAUGAAGACCAGGAUGAGUGGGAAGUUCCUGCUCGAGGCAGGCGCAGUAGACCACGUGGUGGUAAAAAUGGCAUGGCUGAGAGAGGUGCUGUUUCAGUUCAAGCCCUAACUGAGAUAUCUGUACAAACAGACUCUGGAACACUAAGGGGGCACUCUGUGCAGGUAGAUGCCAGAGUAGAUUAUCCUGACUCUGACAGAACAUCAUCUCCAAAGAGACGCCCCAUUCCACUUGAUAUUGGCCAAUCCCCUCUCCUCAAAGCAGAUGCAUCCACUCUUCAGGUUGCUCCAGGUCCCCCAAAAUCCCCAAAAGUACUGUACUCUCCAAUUUCCCCUUGUGUAUCCCCUAGUAAAUCCCUUGAGUAUUUGUCCUAUGAGAAACCCCUUGGUGAAACAAGCCCACAGAGAAUACGUUCUGUCACAGAUUUAUCCAAAGGUCCACCAACAAGUCCUAGGGCUCCCAAGGUCAUACAGAGGUCAAUGUCUGACCCCAAACCCAUGAGUCCAACUGCAGAAGAGAGGGCAGCAGCAAAUUUCCAGUAUUCUGAGAGUUACUCUGCAAAGGGAUCUCCAAGUGGAACUCCAUCUGGCACCCAAAAGAAAGUUAAGAGAACCCUCCCUAACCCACCUUCAGAGGAAGAAGCAGCAAAUGCUGGUCAAGCAGCCUACAGCACUGGUUCAGCUCGUCGCCGUCUUUGCCGGAGCACUAACAUGGCACGAGCAAAAAUCCUACAGGACAUAGACCGUGAGCUAGAUCUGGUUGAAAGGGAGUCUUCCAAACUGCGUAAAAAGCAAGCUGAACUGGAUGAGGAAGAAAAGGAGAUUGAUGCCAAGCUGCGAUACCUGGAGAUGGGCAUUAACCGACGAAAGGAUGCAUUGCUCAAAGAAAGGGAGAAAAGGGAAAGGGCCUAUCUGCAGAGUGUUGCAGAAGACCGUGACUACAUGUCUGACAGUGAGGUGAGUAACAUUCGUGAGACUAGAGGUGGAGAGGAUAUCGGUGGACAUGGGCUUGAGAGACCACGAACUGCACCCCAGUCAGAACUUGAUGAGUUUGUUCCUCCACAGACCAAGCAUGACCAGUAUGGAAAAUAUUCCCAGUACCAGUACUCUCAGUACCAGCAGUCCCUGUACCAGCCUCAGUCACCAUACCAAUCCCAGUCUAUCUACUCUUCUGUUCCGUCUCUGACUGCCUCACAACAACAGAGCUACCACCAAAUGCUCUUGCUCCAGCAGAAAGCCAGACAACAAGCUGCUCUCCUCUCUGAAUUAGAUUCUACAAAAAUUGCAUCUAGCUAUGACACCUCAUCUUACUUGGGAGGAAAAUACAGCAACCACCUUGACUUGCAUAGCUUAGAAGACCGUGCUGGCAGCAUGGCAGUCAGUCCAAUGUCCAAUGUAUCUGCUGACUCCUUCUAUUCAGACCUAGAUCAACAUCAAACACCAAGAAGCUACAUGCUUUUAGAAGAUGCAGCAGAACUUGCCAAAAGCACUGGUAGCCUUUCAUCCACCAGCUAUGGCAUUGCUGAAAGGGAACUGGCCAAAGCAGAGCGUCUUCUGAGACAUGCUGCUGCAGAUGUCAGUUCAGACUACCUGGGCAGCUCUUCCAGGCUCCAUUCCUAUGGUAAGGCCCAAGAUGAAGAGGACCCAAUGGAAGAGCCAUUUGAACUGAAGCUUUUAAAACAGCAACUGAAACAGGAGUUCAGGAGAAGCACAGGGGGCACUGAAAGCUUAGAGCAGCUUGCUGGACUUUCACAUCACUAUACCCCCAGCACUGGGGUGUCUAGUGGAGGCUACAGGGCCUACCCUAAAACCGAGAAGUAUAGUAUUAGUAGACUGACCUUAGAGAAGCAGGCUGCCAAGCAACUCCCAACAUCUAUGCUUUACCAGAAACACAAAAACACCAGCAACAUUGGCAAGUACUCCUCAAUGCAGGAUAGCAGGGGUCUAGAAACAGACUAUAGUAGUUAUCUUGGGUCCAGUAGCUCUUCUCCCAGGUCAAGCAGACUUAUGCAGGAUGAGAUCACCUUUGGGUUACGGAAAAAUAUUGCCGAACAACAGAAAUACCUGGGUUCCACACUUGGGGCCAAUUUGGCAGGUUCACUCAAUCUGGGUCAAAGCCUGAAUCUGAGCCCAGGAAUGAGGUCAUCUUUAGGAGAAGACUCUUCUUAUCCUAGUGGAAGCAGGUCUCGUCCUUCUUCUAGACCCUCAUCCGUAUAUGGGCUUGACUUGUCCAUUAAACGAGACCUCUCAAGUUCCUCUCUAAGGCUCAAAGCAGAAGGUGAAGCCUCUUCUGAGACCUCAGCAUUCCAGACUCCCUCGGGCAGGUCAAAACCUACAAGCCUCCCUAUUGUACAAAGUGGGCGUGGACGUAUUCCUAUCGUGGCACAGAAUUCAGAGGAAGAGAGCCCACUGAGUCCAGUUGGUCAGCCAAUGGGUAUGGCACGGGCAUCUGCAGGUCCACUCCCACCCAUAUCUGCAGACUCUCGUGAUCAGUUUGGAUCAUGCAUGUCUCUACAAGAAUCUCAACAGCAACAUCUCAGAGAAGAUCCUUCAAGAGGACGUGGCUAUGUGCUAAUGGAUGAUCUGCAGGGCACCAUGUCUGAUAGUGAAGCACUAAGUGAAUCCCUGGUGGGUUUGAGCAGAGACGAUCCAGGAAACUCACAUGAGAAUGUCACAAACGCGUACCACCUGCGUCGAGAAGAAACCGACUGGUUUGAUAAACCGAGAGACGGACGCGCUGAAAACGGACAAGGGAUGGAGAGAAGACAGGGAAAGUUUCACUACCCGUUUCCUCAUGCAAGAAUAAAACUACUGAGGGAUCCCAAAGAUCGUAGUGUAUCAGGAAAUGGACUGGGAAUUAGAGUGGUUGGAGGGAAAGAGGUCCCGGGAAGCAAUGGAGACAUCGGUGCAUAUGUGGCCAAAGUAUUACCUGGAGGAGCAGCAGAACAGACGGGGAAGAUUGUGGAAGGAAUGCAAGUCCUGGAGUGGAACAACAUUUCCUUGAGUGGUAAGACGUACGAGGAGGUGCAAGGGCUGGUUGGUCACCAGGUUGGAGAGGCCGAAUUAUGUAUCAGACUUGACAUAAAUAUGCUGUCUGAUUCUGAUAGCUCCCAUCUAGACCUGCAUGACCAGGUUAAAGGGGACAGACCUCCACGGUCACCAGGUGUGGACCCCAAGCAGCUGGCUGCCGAGCUGCAGAAAGUGUCCCAGCAGCAGGUGCCGUCCUCCUCUGCGUCAGCACUGGAUAAACCCUCAGCGUCUGCAGGCUCCAGUGCAGUUCCCAGUCCUGGCCAGCCUGGUUCACCCUCUGUCAGCAAGAAACGCCACAGCAAGAACUCUGAGGGUACAAAAACUCAGUCCCACCCAGUUUCAGGAGAAAUCCAGCUUCAAAUAAAUUAUGACAAACAGCUGGGAAAUCUCAUCGUCCAUGUUCUCCAAGCACGGAAUCUGGCGCCUCGGGACAAUAAUGGCUACUCUGAUCCAUUCGUUAAAGUUUACUUGCUGCCAGGUAGAGGUCAGGUCAUGGUUGUGCAGAAUGCCAGUGCUGAAAACAAAAGAAGGUCCAAGCAUGUUCAGAAGACCCUGAACCCGGAGUGGAACCAGACUGUCAUCUACAAAAACAUUCACCUUGAACAGUUGAGAAAGAAGACACUGGAGGUCAGCGUGUGGGACUACGACAAGAGCUCUGCCAAUGACUUCUUGGGAGAGGUUUUAAUUGACCUGUCCAACACGGCCCAAUUGGACAACGUCCCACGCUGGCUUCCUCUAAAGGAGCAGAGUGAAGGCGAGCAUCACCGGCGCUCUCACUCGGGACAGGGACGUCAGCAUUCACCCAAACCCCCUGGAGGACACGGGAGCCAGCACUCCCCAAAGACCUCUGGACACAGCAAGGAGGACUCGCCCAAAUCCUCAGUCAUUAAGAGCCGUAGUCACGGAAUCUUCCCUGACCCUGCUAAGGACACGCAGGUGCCCACUAUUGAGAAAUCUCACAGUAGCCCCAGCUCUUCAAAGCCAUCCCUCUCCGAGGGUCAAGCCCGUCCCCAUGGAGGCCCCCGUGCUCAUGGCAAAAGUGGCACGACCCGGGCACACCUUGAUGAUGCUGCAGCAAUGGCUGAAGCUGCCGGCCAACAGCCCCGUCUCCAACCAACCCAAAAUGGCGGCCUCGACCCGAGGCACCACAGGCACAGCGUAGUUGGUGUGCUCACCAUUCAGAGAGCCCCGUCUGAGUCGCCGGCCCAUGAGGUCCCUGACGGCCGUCACCUGACCCUCAGGAAAGCCCUGUCUGAAGAGAGGCCGCAGCCGGACGGAGCGUCCCGCAGCCAUAGAUCUGGUGAUGCUCCUGUUACUGCAGCCUCAUUGGAUAGUGGUCUGAGUGGCAGUGCCUUUAGCCUAUUGGAUGAAGAGGGCGGGACAAAUGCGGUGGAUAGUGCAAUUUUCCAGGUUCCCAGAUUUGGAAAGAUUCCAAACGGCACAGAAGCUGUGAAAUCCGCUCAUGGAGAUGCAGAGGGUAAGACUCAGGUGAUGGGGGAGAUAAAGAUCGCCCUGAAGAAAGAGAUGAAGACAGAGGGAGAACACCUGGUGCUUGAGAUCCUACAGUGCAGAAACAUCACAUAUAAAUUCAAGUCUCCCGACCACCUCCCAGACCUAUAUGUGAAGCUUUAUGUGGUGAAUGUGGCCACUCAGAAAAGAAUCAUCAAGAAGAAGACCAGAGUGUGUCGUCAUGAUCGCGAACCAUCUUUUAACGAAACCUUCCGCUUCUGCAUGAACCCCACCGGUCAUUCCAUUCAGCUCUUUCUUGUUUCAAACGGAGGCAAGUUUGUAAAGAAGACCCUAAUCGGCGAAGCGUAUGUGUGGCUGGAUAAAGUAGACCUGCGUAAACGGGUGGUGAGCUGGCACAAGCUGCUGGCCAGCACAGCUCAGAUCCACUCCUAAAGAAGGCGGUCGAUUAAGGCGCGUGGACAGACCCGGCACAUCUCUGCCGCACUCUUUGGGACUAAACUGAGCUGAAUUUGGAGGGCCGACGCGGGGAGAUUCCCGAUUGCACUGGCACAUGUGAUUGUGUUAACCCAAGCCAUGGAGAAACAGGUGUACAAUGGUGUUUACAGGAAAGAUCUGAUCCUGAAAGAUGCAGAUCUGAAAAAAAAAAGUGAGCUGGAGAUUCACGUAAGAUUCAUACACAUGUGUACAUGCACUUUCACAAUCACUUACUGGUGUAUCUAUAAAAUAAUAUGUGUACAUUGGGCCACGACAGACAGUUAGACGAUAGAGCGAACGUUUAUUUGUUGCCAGUAAUUUGUGCAUUAUUCAUAAAGGAUUAUUUAACAGACAGAUAUCAUAUAUAUAUUAUUUUUGUAUGAUAGAGACGAUUCCGCUUUAGAUAUUUAUCCUUCUUUUACAUUCCCUCAGAUGUUAUUGUGUUGAACGAAUAUUUAAGCACAUUAUCAAUGGAUUAGAAGAGUAUUUUAUGGUAUAUUAUAGACAGAUUUAAACGAAUGAAAUUUGAUUUAUUGGGUGUUGUGAUGACUCUUUGUGUCAGUACGGUUAUUUCCACUCACACAAGUAACACACGAUACGGAAUUCAUCAGCGGAUUCAGAGAGAAUCAGGAUGAAUGCAAGAACCCAGCAAGCAUUUUUUUGUUUAAUAGAUGUCAAAUAGACGUCUAAACAUAGUCGCCUUGGCUAAAACAAGACUACAUUUGGGCUGUCAGUGAAUAGACGUCUAAGAAUACUAGACUAGUCAUCAAAUAAACAGAAAUGAAUGACUACACAUAUAAAGUCUGUCAAAUCUGUCUAUUUGUUUUGGGCUAUUCUUAGACAUCUAUUAGAUUUUCACUGACAGCCCAAGUUUAGUCUUGUUUUAGCCAAGCUGUCUACGUCUAUUAGACGUCUAUUAAACACAAAAUUGUUUGCUGGCUAAUUUAAACGUUUAAGAAAACUGCCAGACUUGCACAGAAAGCGAAUGGGGAGUCUUGUUCGAUGAAUGUGACAGAUGAAAUAUCUCAAGUAUGCAGCAGCAUCAGUUGAAAAUGUCAAAUCCAGCACUGUUAUAUGAUUUGCACUUUGAGUCUAGCAUUUUAUGAAUGUAGUUUGCUAGCUUUUUUUCUUUUUUUAAGUAGGUUCUAUCAAAAAAUAAAGAGAAAAUCAAGAAAUAUCCUGCCAUUUAAAUCAGUCAAGCACUGUUAAAACCUCCACAGAUGGAUUAGAGCUCGAAUGGAGCUCGAAUGGGUCAAUGUCAUGUCUUGUCCGGACGUUUUCAUAUCACAAUGUUAAUAUUAGCCUAUGUUUUAUGACAAACAAACUCCUAAACACUCAGGUUUCGAUGUAAAAGCCUUGCUUAAACGUUAUUAGCCGAUCUCUGCUCUAAGCAGCUUAAAAGGCGACAAUGAGGAUCAGGGUGAAGACAUCGCGUCGUUUUGAGUUUACACACAUUUUGACACACGCUCAUCUCAUAAUUUCAGAAAAGUGUGGCCACCUCAGACACUGAAAUGCCAUUAGUGUUAUCUAUAUGUUUUUUAUUAUGCCUUUAAACAGGAUGUGUGGAUAUAACCUUGCAAAACGUAACCCAGCCAUUUUACCAAGUCAAGCACUUACGGUACACAAAUGUCCAGCGUUAAGGGUGAAAUCGGCCUUUAACCUGUGCCAAACUACCAAAACCCGCAGGUUCUGUGUAUGUUAUUCUAUGCAACCCAAAAGGCAUCUGUUGUACUUAUCAUUUAAUGGCCGUAAUGCAUUAUAAUGACUUUUAUUUUGUCAUUUUAAUGUAUUUUCCCAACUGACAUUUAUUUAUAUAUAUUUUUAAUUUUGCUUGGUGCUUGUUUAUUAAUUUGAUUGCAUUUUUGACAGUUCCUUGCAGUCCGCUGUUAAACUGUAAAUGUGCAUAACUACAGUAAAUGUGUGUUUAUAGCAGAUUCAUGAAUUCAGUCACAGUGUCUGGAAAAAACACUAUCUCACUGCACUCAGCUUUAUAUACAAUGCUCGGUUCUCACUUUAUUAUAUUCUGAUCUCUCAGAAUGUGCGUUACUAUUUUUUAUGUUUACAAAUGAAGAGGAGAAAGAGCAUUCGUUGUAACCAACGCGACCUCCUUCGAAUAGCCCGUGCAUGCAUCUUUUUCACUUAAUUGCCACACUGACUCUCUCACCUCUGCAAAAUACAUAAAAAAUGAAUAAAAAAGCAGCCAUGUAAAUAAAAGAAUACUUUUCUUUUUGUACAAAUAGGUUCUUGUAUUGGUUUUCUGGUUCAGAGAAGAGCAUGUUUGAGGGAAAGGAGAAGAGCGACUGUGUUUUUGAUCUGUGUGUUACAUGUUGUACAUGCACUAGGGUAAAAGCUUUCCCCAUGCUUGCCUCUGACAGACUGGACUGGACUUGACUUGCACAACAGACACAGAUUUAACCCUGUAUAAUAAUAACAAUAAUAGUAAUAAAGAGCAGAUGCUGACCUACUGACUCAGAGUAGAAUCAGGAAAAAGUGUGGUGUUUUCACUUUGGAUGUUGCAUGUUUUGUUGUUCAUACUAUUUUUGUGUCCAGAUUCUAUUUACAAAAAGAGAGGGGGAAAAAAAAGAUGAUGAAAAAUUAAUCAAACCUAAAUAUGUAUGCUGACUGUACAAAGAUAUGCUUGUAUAAUCCGUCUGGUUUUCCACUUAAUGUAAACUGAUGAAAAAAAAAUAUUCCAACUGUCAUGGUUUUUGUGGUUGUACACAAACGGUAUUGAUAAAUUAUGCAAAUUGUGCUGUAAUAAAAGGCUAAUGCCCCAAGUCUAAAUAUUAAAUGAUAUAUGUAAAAUUC